AUGAAUGGACCGAAACCUGCACAUCAAUUCAAAGUUGCAGGCAUUGAGGUCCCAUUUCCACAUGAGAAACCAUAUGCAGCACAAAUGGCUCUUAUGGCCGGUGUCAUUAAGUCAAUGAGAACAGGGCAAAAUGCAAUUUUGGAAUCUCCUACAGGUACAGGUAAGUCAAUUGCGCUUUUAUCAGCAGCUUUAGCAUUUCAAAAGUCUCAAAAAGAAGUAAACAUCACACCUCCGGGCCAAAUCGACCCUCCAAUUACAAAAUCAUAUCUUGGAUUCUUCCCACCAAUGAAACUUGUUCAUACAGAUCAAGAAAUCUUCUCACCAUUACUUACACAAGGUUUAAAUCCAAGUGAAAUACCUAGAUAUUCAGAAUUCGAAGGAACAGAAGGACCAACAGAUUAUACUACAGAUUUUUACGUCAAGCGUAAGCAACAUGCAGGUCAAAUAUGGUAUGCAACACGUACACAUCAACAACUAAAACAGCUCGUCAAAGAAAUGAAAAAAUUACCUUUUCAUCCUCAAAUGGUCAUUAUGGCCUCAAGAGCGCAAGUAUGUGUUAACCCAAAGAUCAUGAAUCAAUCAGAUGUAGAUGGUCAUUGUAGCGACUUACAAAAAAACGGCGGAUGUCCUUAUGACAAGAAAAAAGGCAUUCCAAAGGAAUUCAAGCCAAACGGGAUAUUAGACAAGUUCGAGAUUGAAGAUCUGAAAGACUGGUGUCGAAAGAACAAAGGCUGCCCAUACUUUAUUUCAAGAAAAAUGAUGAUGGCAGCUGAUAUCGUCUUUUGCCCCUACAAUUAUUUUUUAGACCCCAAAAUAAAAGGUCAAAUGCAACUCGACCUCACAGGUGUUUAUUUAAUCAUCGAUGAAGCUCACAACAUAGAGAACAGCUGUAGGGAUGGCGGAUCUUUCCAUCAAUCAAGGAAAGAUUUGGAAUGGGCACUGAUGUAUCUAAGAAAAUCUAUUAAAAAAAGUGACAUCCCAUCAUUACGAAAAGCAUUUAUGAUAGUAUUAGAAUUAAUCACUAAAGAGUAUGAGUGGUUCACAUCUACUACUAAAUACCUUCGAUUGCAGGGUCAAAAAGAAUUUAUAGUCAGAGAUAAUAAAGCUUUUUAUGACAGUCUCAGAUUAAAUCUCUCUUUUUAUACCAAACUAGUUGCAGCUUUCGAUUGCAUAUUUAAAUUCUGCAAUACAAUGAAUUUUCCACAAAUUUACCAAGAAGCCGAUAAAAUUCCAAUGAUUUUAGGUGGAAUAUUGGAGCAACAAUGGGUUGCAAUUGCUCUCACACUAAAAUAUGAUCUAAGAAACUACGCAUUUGCAAUUGUUCUUGGAGAUGACGAAAGCAACGAUAUUUUCCAUGGAUUAUGCAUGAAUCCAGGUGCAGUAUUCCAUAGACCAGGCACAGAAGCAAGCAAUGUCAUUCUUUCCUCAGGAACUUUGACACCAUUAGAAGAAUUUGAAAAUGAAUUCGGAGUUCCAUUCCCUAUCAGACUGUCAGCCCCUCACGUGAUAUCCCCUGAUCAAGUUGUCGGUUUUACGAUCACUAGUUGUGACAAUGUUACUUUAUCAUCAAGACAUCAAUAUCUUGAAAGCCAAGGAAUGAGAAACGACGUUAAUCUCAAACUUGCAGAGAUAUUACUUCAUAUUUUACCUGUUAUUCCUAAUGGCGUUUUAUUCUUCGUCACAUCUCAUUCGUUUUUAAUGAGAAUGCUGGAUGCAUGGCAAAAAGCAGGUCUUUAUGAAAAAAUUGACAAAAUCAAGAAAAUUUUUUACGAAACUCCUGAUUCCGAUCCCGAAUUCUUUGACAAAUACAAGGCAUCGUGCGAAGAAGGAAGCUUGUUGAUAGGUGUUUUCAGAGGAAGAAGCAGCGAAGGUAUCGAUUUCGUUGAUGAACAAGCGAGAGCAGUUAUUGUUUUCGGAAUUCCUUUUCCAAGUUAUUAUGACAUCGAUGUCAAAUUGAAGAAGGAAUACAACGACUACAAGAACCAAACAGGAAAUGUUUGGUAUGAUACACAAGCGUAUAGGAGUCUUUUCCAGGCUUUAGGUCGUUGUAUAAGACACAAAAAUGAUUUUGGUUCUGUAAUUUUGAUUGACCAACGAUAUCCUAAUGAAUUACAUCGUUUUCCAAAGUGGUUGAAAACUCAAAUUAGAAAUGAUGUCGGGUUAAAUCAAAUUGUAACAGAAUUGUCACGCUUUUAUCAAAGAAUGAAAGAAAAAUUCCCAAGAAAAAUCAGUCUGAAAAUGAAUGAAAAAUUGACAUUUUAUUGUUGUGAUUGUCAUUCUCUUGUUGUAGAUUGUAAGAAGGUUAAAGAUGGGCAGAGUUUCCAGAUAACAAAGAAUGGAUUCUUAUCUUUGUCUGAUGCUGAACAAAAAGAACAUUAUUUGAUAAUCCAGAAAAAUGAUAUUGAAGAAAUGAAAUUGAAUUUCUUUUCUCCCGUUUUCAAAGAAGAAGAUAAACUUGUAUACGAAAAAUGUUUUUGCGAUUGCGGAAACUGUUUAGGAGUUAGAGUGUAUGCGGCUUCUUCUGUUGAAAGAAGUUCAAUUGGAAGUUUAUUCCUUCUUCUAAGCAGAUUGAACGUAAAAGUUGGAAAUAACUUCGUCGGAAUACAACCAACUGAGAAAAAAGUUUCUAAGAAUGUUUUUAAUGCGUACUUUUAG